GUAAUGAUGUGGGGAGGGGUUCCUAUGGUGCCAUGCAUGUCAAGCAGGUGCUUGACUACGCCUACACUGUCCUGAAUCAUGCCGUGUCACCGCUUGCGCAGUCGUAUCCCAACAAAGACUCUGAAAGCACCUUGGGUAGGAUAAUCAGGUUGACCCAAGAAGUGAUCGACUACAGGGAAUGGAUCAUUAAGAAGUGGGGGGGCAGGGAUCUGGCUCGAACAGACAACAGAGUUUCACCUCCCAGGGAGCUGGUGUCUGAGCAGGAGCCCUGUGUGCUCGGUGGCGGGUCAGAGGAGCAGCAAAGGGACUCUGUGUCGCCCCACAGCGCAGACUCCCCCAUGUCAAUCUCCAGCCCCCAGCAGCACUCUUCAGCCUCCUCUGUCUCCUCACUGUCUGGAUCUGACAACGACUCUGAUUCAACACUGCCGUGUCCCGUCCCUCCGCCAGCCCUGCCGCCAUACCCGUCUUUUCCUCCUCUGGGCCUAGCUCUACCACCAGGCCUCAACAUGGGCACCGGCAAGCCCGGCAUGGGAGGACACCAUCUCCUCUUGCCCCCAGGCUCACAGGCUCGUGUCUCACUGCCCGGUGGUCUAGCAAUGCACUCCAUACCUGGCAGACAGGUGUGUAUAGACACCGGGCUCCCCCCCUUCUUCCACAUGCCCCCCCCAGCCCAUGCUCAUGCCCCUGCCCCCUCCAGCCCCCAGCCUCCGCUCAGCCCCCACUCCAGCCACACACACAAGAACGGAGCCAAGUUCAACGUGAAGGGCUUCCACAACCCACCGCUGGUCAACAACCCUGUUCUGGCUAACCGCGGACACACACACGCUCACUCGCACACACAGUAUCACCGCAACACUUGGCGGCGCAGAAAGAGGGACAGCCUCCCGGUUAGCCUCAGCAGAUAGAAACCACUCCCCUUCCCCCACUUUUCAUCCUACCCCUCUCUGGCUGCAAGACCCUGGCUCUUCAUUCGUCUCAAAGGAGGAUGGACGGGCAGACAGAGGACCAGAGACCAGCAGUUUUCACUUUGGAGCUGUCGAGACAAGGAACAGCAGCCCACAGCUCUGCAUCUUCCUCCUACUAUCUCUACCUUUCCAUUUCUGCAUGACCUUUGUUCACAGUUUGGUAGUGUCAGUAUUAUGCUUUUCAGUAUUUUGUUUUCCUCAUCUUUGUUUCAGGUCUCUUUGUUUAGUUUUUGUUGGACUUGGCAGUGAUGCCAUUACCAAGUUAACUUGACCUCGUCUUGACCCUUGCAGCCGAGCUGCCUGUGGUUCAGUGUUUUGUUUUUUUUUUUGUUUUUUUUGUUUUUUUUUUAAUACAGUUUAUACAUGUAAGAACAAAGGGUUUUUCAUUUUGUGCAAUAAUGUUAUUUUUCUUUUUGGAGCUAAAGUGAAUGCUUAUUUAAUUUUGUGUGUGUAUAUGUAAAGGCAUUUUUAUACUGUUUUAUUUUUGUAGAAUUUUAAAUUUUGUUUACGAAGCCUUUCCCCAGGCAGCAUCUCUGGUGUGUGUGUGUGUGUGUGUGUGUGUGUGUGUGUGUGUGUGUGUGUGUGUGUGUGUGUCGUCAGGUUGAGAAGGACCCCAGUUCAAAGCCCCCCCCCCCCACCCCUUUUCCUCUUCUCUCCCUUUACUUGUCUUGUUCUGUUUGAUGAAGAGAAGCAGGAUCAGAAAGGGAUACGGAGCUUGAUAUUCUUUCCAUUUUCCUUAAUGUCUUGUGAAAAUAGGCGAGGUUAACAUGAAAUUUCUCAUGGAAGUUUUGUUCCUCGGCCCAAUUAGUCUGAGGCAUCCGGGAGGGAAAUGGAGGGAUGAAAUUUGCAACCUGGGAUAUCGUGAGAAAUGAGGGGAAAGGAUGUACCUCUGUUUUGGCCUAAAAGACGCAGCUCCUGAGCAGAUAGGGCUUUAGCAGUGCCACCUCGAGAUUGUGUGUAUGUGUAUAUUUCAGUAUGUGUGUGUCCCUUAUGGGACUGUGCUGUUGCCAUAUUCUGUCGGUCAGGGGAAGGCUGGCAGUGGCCUGCUACUUUUGUCCUGGCUAUCUUUCUCUCCACUGGAGGCAAUUUUAAAAGAAACGCUUCCAGAAAGUGCAGGAUUUGGGCCUGAAAGAGCCUGUUCUGUUAAACAUAUAUGCUAGUGUCUUUUCAUUUGUGCUCGUCUCUUUUUAUUACAUGUUGUAGGAUGGUUGCGGCCAAGAAGGCAGCCACUUAUCUGACUUGAAUUUGAAGAUCAAGAUUAGUGUAAGGGGGCAGACAGCCACUUAUUCCUGGUCAGAGAAAUCCUCUUACACUCCAGUUGAGGGCUGUGGUUGUGGAAAUGCGAUCCCAGGGCUGAGGUAAACUCUUGCCCGCAGCUGUAAAUCAGUGCAGACCAACACUACGAUGCUCAGCGAUAAGGUUUUCUCCUUUGUGUUCCUGGGCAUAGGAGAUCUGGGUGGGGUGGGGUGGUGGUGCUUCCUGAACCAAGAACCCUAGUGAAAGGGAAUUAUAUUUUGAUUCCGUUCAGGAAUCUUGUGUAUAAGUGAUUGCCAGGUACUUCCGCUAAUUGUUUGCAAUGCCUUUCUUUGUGUUUACUUGGACUAUGUGUACGUCGUUUUCUGUGAGCACACCGUGUCACACAAAUACACACACUCACAGGACAGAAGUGUCGAAGGCUGUGACUCGCCCAGAACACUACACACGCUGGUGUUAUUACUAUGCAAGUGGAUUAUUAUAAUUAUUGUGUCAACACUCUUGUCUUUUCAUUUGGGUUUUGUUUCUUCUCCAAAAUGACAAACACUGCUUGUUGGACUGGAGUAAUGUUACUGUCCGUCAGGCUCGCCAGCCAACUCAUGUGAACUACAAGCCUGACCCCUUUGUAUUUGUAUGGAGGUCCUGACAUGUUUCAAAGUCUAGUUUUCUACAUGUAUCCGUCAAAUGUAAGGAAUGGGGGAUGUUAAUGUCAGUGGUCGGGUCUGGGUCUGUGUAGUGUGUGACAUAGUGAAACGUGUGUGAGAACGUAUCGAGACUCAUGACUUGUCACCACAGGUUGUAAGCAGACGCCCGACAGAACAGGUGCACCCAGAGAGCGACUUGCACUCUGCAGGUGCACCUCAGAAGGGGCCAAAGUGUCCACCAACAAUUGUUUACCUUUCACUGAGACUCUGCUCAGUGCUGUUACACUAUUUGUUUUCUUUUUCUGUAAACCAUGGCAACUCUGACCCCUCAGUCAAAACUGCACCUGGCAUCAAUUCAAUCUCAGAUGAAGGGUUUCUGUUUUGGCCGAUGGCUCGCAGGCAAAGCAGAUUAUCAGCUAAUCAUCACCUCCAGCUAGAGAAAUUCCUUUUCACGUUUAAUGAUUUGACCAAAAAAAUCUUUUUUUUAAUUGGACACAGACUGCUGGAGUUUCCGGAGAUGUGCCCAGCCAUACUAUCACCUUUCACCCUCUUAUUCUCUACGGAACAUUAUUUCCAUCUGUAGGGAGGUGAUCACGUUGGUGCAUGAAAUGCUCAGUCACAUGCAAUCCUUGCCCGGUAUAUAAAUUGGAAAACAAGCGUGGAUAUAGUUGGCAAGCCCUUUUAACCCUUUCAAACUGCACCCCUGACAGCCAUGUCUGCUUUUAGAGAUUAGAACCAGCAUUGAUGAGAGGCUGAAAAUUAAAUCGGUCAUGGGAGGUUGUUGACUGGUUAGAGUUGCCUGCGUCUCCACAGCAAAGACCUGACAUGCAGGAUCCUUGGAAGUCUGUAUGGAUCAAAAUCUCUGUGCAUCUCAGCGGUCCAACCCUCUCCGUGAUCACUUUUCCCUCGUUACUUUCUCUCAGUCCGCUGGUAGCGGAAAGAGUUAAAGUUCUCGGUUGUUCUCUGCCACAUUGCCUUCACUUCUUGUUGGUGUAAGUGACGGGGAAAGGGAAGCGACAGAGCGGCUAGGACUGCUGAGAUUUUGCAGUACACAUGUACAUGUAAAUGCAAUGUAAUAUUACCCCUAUUGCAAAACAAUGAGGGAUUUUAAACUGGUGGCUGCUGUUUAGAGAAAGGCGGCAGCCCCUUGAUGUCCUGGCUGAUUCAUGAGAGCAGUGGCCCUCUAAAUGGACACCUAGCUUUCGGUGGCCAGAGGGGAACCACUGCCCAGCUUCUGUGAGGGGGGGGGGGGGGGUAUUU